AUGCAACCGACUGCAACAUCUCAAAUUAAAAAAGAAGACUUCCGUACUACAGAAAUACAACAAGAAAGCGGUCACAUCCAGUCGCGGUCAGUUCGUAGAUCGCAGACAGUGCGUGAGCGCAGUUCCACGGUGCGCCGCCACUCUACCAACAAUCGUCGGAGCCGCAACAUGCUCACCCAACUACACUGUCUAUUUCUCUUGUGCAUAACGGCAGCGGUAACGCCGGUUCCAACACCAGGACGGACACCAAAAGUAUAUAAUGCUCUCAUCACCUCUAAUCAAAAUUUAGAGCCCAGUAAAGCUUUCCCAGUAUACCAACCAGUGAUACAUGAUGCAGCGUUUACCUUCCCGCUACAAUCGCCUUUCUUCUACGGAGGUGAAUUACCUAUAGGCAAUGGAUACAUUCCCGCACCAGCUUUCCUACCCAAAGUGCCGCAAGCAACGCCCGAACCACCGUCUGCACCAUCAUCUGAAGCACCAGCGGUCCAAGCUACAGAACAACCGGAACAAACUCCUGCACCGAGCACUGUUCAACCCCAGACUGAAAUCAAAUCUUCAGAAAUAUCUCCUCCACCACCAAAAACAGAAUCACCUAUACCUCUAAACGAGUUUGGGCUUCCACCUCAACACGUCUGGACCCCAUGUCUGAAAGAACAUCCCAAGAAAAUCCACAUGCAACUAAAAGAUAAAAUAAAUAUUUUUUACUUUUUUUGCAUAAGAGGUGCAGUAAGCAUGAUGCGUGAUUUAGCCACUUGCCACGAUGACUUUGAGCUAAAACCCCCAGAUGGCAUUUUGCACGGUCAUACAUUUAAGUGGUUAGGCUUCAUUUAUUAUGUGCAUGUUACCACGGCGCUACCGCAUCAAUCGAAAUCUCCACGUGUGGUGCUCAUUCAUAAACAAUUUGUACUCGGCACCGCCGCUGAUCUGAUGCGAUUGCCAAAAAACUAUAAACUCGGGAACGUCAUAUUUGGUGAUUACCAUCGCGACGAGGAUGAAUGUGGUCUAACUCGUGACCAAAUCAAAAUGGGUCUCAAUUGCCCCCGUGCUUACUUCGAGAUACCUCACCUAGAAGUUAUUCCACACCCAGAAUUUACCAGAUUUGGAACAGCAAACAGCAUAGCCAUUGUUAAACUUAUACGUCCUAUAAAAUCUGCUUACAUGCCUCCAAUUUGCCUACCGUCUUUGAAUGAACGGAAAAGGAAACGAAGAGAUAGAUCCGUCUUUAUGGUUGAUUAUCUUAGCGCUGUUCCUUUGGAUAUUGAUUCAGAAAAAAUGGCCAAAAAAACAUUGAAAUUGUACUCAUAUAGAGAUUGUAGAAGACAUCGCAUUAAAAAGAAAAUUGAAAACGAUAGUAUCAGUCACGCGCUCUGUACUACUGGUUGUGGAAUCCGUCCUGGUGCACCCAUCGUCAGUCAUGACUCAGACGGUAUGUUUGAACUCAUCGGCGUGUCAGCGGACAGUAAACCUUGCUCUCACCAUUCGAGGCGAAAUAGUUUGAACGAUGAACCACCUCUCUAUAUUGACGUUUAUCCUUAUGUCACAUGGAUAAUAAAUGUUGUGACCGCAAGUGUGAUACCACAACCUUAUCCUGAAAAUUUCAUGCUCGUUGAAGGUGGAUCAGGUAUCGGUAUUCGCUACGGUUAUUUUAAAUCGCAAAAAACACAAAAAUAUGGAUGGAAGGGACAGACAUUUGUGUCCGGCAAUUAUUGUUACAAAAGCUCAAAACGUCAAAGAAGAACAGCAUUUUUUUAUUCAGAGCAAUUUGCAGCAUCAGCCGGCCCAGAAGCUAAACUCACGAUAUAUAUUAAGAUUUCAGCUGGAAUAGAAUGCACCAUAACAUGCGCCCGUUUGUUAGUACCGAAUCACAAAUCCACACCAGUUAUCGACGGCGUCGGGGGCUUCAAUAUCAGCGUGCAAUUUGACACUAAUUGGUUUCCAAAGGAGUUCUCCUUCACACUCGGUCUCAAUGGAAAGAACUCAACAUCAGCUAACAUUGACAAGUGGUGGUCGCAGCGGGGGCCAGGGUUAUGGUAA